GUGUGAAUUGAACCAAAAGAAAGGAUCGAACCAACCAAAGUGAUGGACUUUUGAAACAUUUGGUUUGGUCUGGUUUGGUCCUCGGCUUAACUCUUGACAUUCGUGCCAAAUCCGAACCCGGUCCAAUUUCAGACCGCCACUAAAACUCCGCCGGUUAACAAUAUAAAACAUGUUCGGUUUGGUUCAUUGGUUCAUCCGAACGGAACCGUGCACAGUUCUUGAGAAGAAUCCUUCGUUUCCCCCAUUGUUUUCACGAUCUGAGAGCUUCCUUGAGAAGGGAAUGGCGAAGUUCAGGGAUAGAACUGAAGAUUUCAAAGAUGUUGUGCGGCACUGUGCUAUUUCGUUAGGGUAUAAUGAGUCCAAGUUGGCAGCUAUUAUGGCAUCUUUCAUUAUUCAGAAACCUCGGCAAAGGUCACCUUUCAUCAAAGCUGCCCUGAAAACGCUUGAAAGCAUUGGUGCUCUUGAAGAGUUCAUGUUGAAACAUCAGAAGGACUAUGUGGACAUGUAUCGCACAACAGAUCAAGAGAGAGACAAUAUUGAACAUGAGGUAGCUGCCUUCAUCAAAGCAUGCCAAGAACAACUUGAUAUCCUAAAAAACAGCAUUAACGAGGAUGAUGCACACUCCAAAGGAUGGCUUGGUCCUAGGACUGAUGAUUCUAAUGCUGAUACCAUUGCGCACAAACAUGGGGUGGUUCUAAUUUUGAGUGAGAAACUCCAUUCGGUAACAUCACAAUUUGAUAAGCUAAGAGCCAUUCGGUUUCAAGAUAUCAUAAGCAAAGCAGUACCAAGAAGAAAACUAAACCAAGUAAAUAAACCACGUUCCGCCAAUACCCCUGAGUAUAAUAACACAGAGCUGAGGGAACCUGAUAAUUUUGAGCAUCAACCUGUCCGAGCCCAACAACUGUUAGAUGAUGAAACUCGUGCACUUCAGGUUGAGUUAACUAGUCUUCUUGACGCAGUCCAAGAAACAGAAACUAAGAUGGUAGAGAUGUCUGCUCUAAAUCACCUUAUGUCUACACACGUUUUGCAGCAAGCACAACAAAUUGAACAUCUUUAUGAACAGGCCGUUGAAGCUACGAAGAAUGUCGAGCUUGGUAAUAAAGAACUUACCCAAGCAAUUCAGCGGAAUAGCAGCAGCAGAACCUUCCUUCUGCUUUUUCUAUUUGUGCUCACUUUUUCAAUUCUCUUUCUUGAUUGGUACAGUUGAGGGAUCGGUUGUUGUAUCACAUUUAUGUUAUACGUUCAUAUAGAAGGAAAAAAAUGCGGAAAUCACUGAUGGAAUUUAGACAACAUUUUUGUUACUGCAAAUUUUUUCUUUCAUA